CGAGCCACGGCGCCGGCAAAAGAAAGAACCCAUCCAGCCACUGAGCCACGCACCCCGGCACCCACCAACACAAAUUAACCCGAGUACCCGACCCCAUCGGAUCAUCCAUCCGUCUCGUCUCUUUAUUUCCUCUCCUUUUCUGCCCCGCCCGCCCGCACGCACGGUCCAAGGCUCCUCCGUGCGUGCGGAUUGACUCGCGCACCCUUACGCUCCCUUCCGCGUCACUCACUCACCAGUCAGUCCCCCCUCGUGCAGCGCCAGCGCCAGCAGCCAGCGGCAUUCAGCGCCUCGCUAGCUCCCUCCUCCUCCGUCUUCUACCUAGCUAGCCGCGGCGCCGCGCGCGCGCGGCCGUCCCGCCGGUGCGUUGAGAUACAUCCAUUGCCAGCCGAGCUCGCGCGCGCGGCAAGUCCAUGGGCCGGCCGAGCCGCCGCGGCCUCCUCGCCGCGGCGCUGCUCCUCCUCUUCGUCUUCUUCUCCGCCGCUGCCCUCGGCGCGAGCGCGGCGAGGACCGGCCGGAGGAGCCGCGUCGUUGGUGGCGGAGCGGUGGAGGAGGGGGAGAAGUACUGGUGGGACCCUGCGGCGGCGGCGGCGGCGGCGGGGGGGAGGCGGAGGGAGCUGGUGGGGCCGGGGUCGUCGCCGCCGACGUGCCGGAGCCGGUGCGGGGGGUGCCACCCGUGCCGGCCGGUGCACGUGGCCAUCCAGCCGGGAGUCAGCUUCCCGCUCGAGUACUACCCGGAGGCAUGGCGCUGCAAGUGCGGCGACAGGCUAUUCAUGCCCUGACUGCUCACACCCACGACCGUCUGCACUUGUGCACAUAUGUAAGGUGCAUGCUCCUUGGGCCGCUCCGCCAUUACUGGCUGCUUCGCUUCACUCACACGAGCUAGCUCGCUUAGCUACGGUCUACGGCGGCCGAGCAGCAAAAGGCAAGGGGUGAAGGGAGUCACGGCCUCACGGGUCGAGCAAACGCACGGCGACCAGGAAGCUACGAGCUAGAGAGAGCGGGGAGCAGAGCACCAGGAGAUUGAUGGAAACAAGACCAACCAUGGAUGACCUCUUCAAUGGGGUCGAUGUAUGUAAUAAUGUUGUAAGUAGCCGGUCCUGUCUCGUGUACAAAGAGCGAGCGAGGAAGAGAUGGAUCGAGAUGUUCAUGCGCGCGCGCUCUCUCUCUCUCUCUCCCUCUCUCUCUCUGCUGUUGGUUCUUUCUUUUCCACCUUCCGGUUCAGCGGAGCGAUUUUUCCCAGCUAAUUUUCGUCAAAUCUAUGAUGUGAUGUUUUUAACCGGAUUAGCUACGUAGUUUUCAUCAUUUCUCCUUGUUCGAUUCUGCUGUACUACAUCGCAUCUUCUCGCAGUGAAGGUCAUAAAAAAUUAGUAGUAA